AUGAGAUCAGAUUCACCACCAGCUUUGAAGCGGAAGAGACUCAUCACUAUUGAUCUAAUGGACUUAGAAUCAGCUAAGGCAAAGCUUGCAGCUGCAAAAGAAAAAUUUGGACGAGAAAUCCGUGUGUUUGAAACAGUAACCACCUCUCCAUCAUCAAGUGAUGUUUCCAACAAUGAGGAGCCAGAUGACUUUUAUGAGUUUACUGCCGAGGAUUAUUAUCGAAUUUUAGCGACUAAAAAUGGAGAUAAAUUCCUAAAGACGCGAAAAAUCCGAGAAGCGGAGGAGGCUGCUCGAAGGUCAAGGAUAACCAAGGCUGUAAUUCGGGUACGAUUCCCUGAUAAUCACACGUUGGAGGUUACAUUUCAUCCAUCAGAGAAAAUUCAAUGUUUGGUUGAUCUUCUCGUCAAAGUGGUUGCUCAACCGGAACUACCUUUUUGUGUUUAUACCACUCCUCCUAAGAAGCAAAUUAAAGACACGUCGCUGGAUUUCUACUCGGCUGGCUUUGUUCCUGGUGCAAUCGUGUAUUUUUCCUAUGAUCUACCGAAAGGCAAUGAUGAUGCAGCUGUAUCAGGUCCUUUUCUUCAAGAGGAGGUCAUGUCUUUGAAAGGCUUAGAACUUGCAGCUGAGCAGGCGCAGCCUGCCCAAUCUGCCCCAGAACCUGUAAUAGGUAGUACCUCCCGUGUCACUCAAGAGCAGAGGCCUGCUGACAAAAAGACUGUUAAACCUAAGUGGUUGAAAAUGUGA